GGCAGCAGGUUCGCCGGCUGGGGACACCCGGGAAGGCGGCUGCUGGCGAGGGGCGUGGGCAGGGCCGGGACACCGGAGGACGGUCACUGUCGGUCGGGCGGCCCCGCACGGUGGUCGCGUCCCCGGGCUCGGCGCCCCGCCGCCCCGGGGUGUCCCCGCCCGCGCGCGCCCGUUGGGGGGCCCGGGGAGCGGCGCCGGCCGCCCGGCCGCAUUGUGACGUAGCGGGGCCGCGGCAGCGCCUCCGCCGCCCGCCGGGUCUCCUGCGCCCGCCGCUCUCGCCGUCUGUCCGUCCAUCCCUCCCUCCGUCCUUCCGUGCUCCGGAAACUAUAAGUAUUUGACCUUACUCAAAAUGUACAAAGAAGAAUGAUGGAAGCCCCUGAAUACCUUGAUUUGGAUGAAAUUGACUUUAGUGAUGACAUUUCUUAUUCAGUCACGUCUCUCAAGACCAUCCCAGAACUGUGCAGAAGAUGUGAUUCACAAAACGAAGACAGAUCAGUUUCUGGCUCUAGCUGGAAUUGUGGUGUCUCAUCUCUCAUUACAAACCCACAAAAGCCCACUGGAAUCGCUGAAGUGUACAGUAAGUUCCGCCCGGUGAAACGCGUUUCUCCACUGAAACAUCAGCCAGAGACUCUGGAAAACAAUGAGAAUGAUGAGCAAAAGAACAAUACAGUAGAAUACCAGAAAGCAGGGGAGACUGACCAGGGCCCCCCGCCCGAGGAACUCAGCCCUGAAGAUGGAGUCAGGGGGUUGCCAGGUAAGGGCUCAGAGCCUAGCCAGGCACUGGGCGAGCUGGAGCAUUAUGACCUUGACAUGGAUGAGAUUCUGGAUGUGCCUUACAUUAAAUCCAAUCAACAGUUGGCCCCGUUCACCAAGGUGACUUCAGAAAAAAGGAUUUUGGGUUUAUGCACAACCAUCAAUGGCCUGUCUGGUAAAGGCUGCCCUGUUGGGAGCACUGAGAAUGCCACAUCCACCAUGACUCCGUUUUGCGUCCUUUCUCCCGUGAAAAGCCCUCAUUUAAGGAAAGCAAAGGCUGUCCUCCGGGACCAGCACAAGCUCUCCACAGAAGAGUCUGAGAACUCACCUGCUCUGGGUAAAUGUGUCCCUGCAUAUGAGUCAGAAAGCAACAGUCAAGACUUCCUAAACAAGGUCUUUAGUGACCCCCAUGGUCGAAAAAUCGAGAAGACUGGGCCAGACUGCAAGCUCAGGGCCUUUCACCUGCAGGCCUCAGCAGCAGGGCCCAAACCGGAAGAGCAGGUCAACGGCAUGGCCUGGAGCAACGGCCAAGGCACAGAAGAGAGGGGCGAGCACCUGAAGAAAGUAAGAAGCAUACUGAACAUUGUGAAAGAGGGACAGAUUUCGCUCUUGCCACACCUAGCUGCAGACAAUCUGGACAAAAUUCACGAUGAGAAUGGCAACAAUCUGUUACACGUUGCUGCAUCGAAGGGUCAUGCAGAAUGUCUGCAGCACCUCACAUCUCUGAUGGGCGAAGACUGUCUCAGUGAACGGAACACAGAGCAGCUGACUCCAGCUGGCCUGGCCAUCAAGAAUGGUCAGUUGGAGUGUGUUCGCUGGAUGGUGAGCGAGACGGAAGCCAUUGCAGAAUUGAGUUGUUCCAAGGAUUUCCCGAGCCUUAUUCAUUAUGCAGGUUGCUAUGGACAGGAGAAGAUUCUCCUGUGGCUUCUGCAGUUCAUGCAAGAACAAGGCAUCUCACUGGAUGAAGUGGACCAGGAAGGCAACAGCGCUGUUCAUGUCGCCUCACAGCAUGGCUACCUUGGAUGCAUACAGACCCUGGUGGAGUAUGGAGCAAAUGUCACUAUGCAGAACCACGCUGGAGAAAAGCCCUCCCAGAGUGCUGAACGCCAUGGGCACACCCUGUGCUCCCGGUACCUAGUAGUAGUGGAGACCUGCAUGUCCCUGGCCUCACAAGUGGUAAAGUUGACAAAGCAGCUAAAGGAGCAGACAGUGGAGCGUGUCACACUGCAGAGCCAACUCCAACAACUUCUAGAAGCCCAAAAAUCAGAGGGCAAAUCACUCCCAUCUUCACCCAGAGCACCCUCCUCACCAGCUUCUAGAAAGUCCCAGUGGAAAAUUCUAGAUGCAGAAGAUGAGGCUACAGGCAAGAGCCAAACAGGAGCCCAGGAGGGAAUACAAGUUCUUGGAAGCUUAUCAGCAUCCAGCAGGGCUAGGACCAAAGGAAAAGACGAAGACUCUGAUAAAAUCCUGCGUCAGUUACUGGGGAAAGAAAUAUCAGAGAAUGUCUGCACCCAGGAAAAGCUGUCGUUGGAAUUCCAGGAUGCUCAAGUAUCCUCUAGGAAUUCGAAAAAAAUACCUCUAGAGAAGAGGGAGCUGAAGCUAGCCAGGCUGAGGCAGCUGAUGCAGAGAUCACUGAGUGAGUCUGAUACAGACUCAAACAAUUCUGAAGACCCCAAAAAUACUCCUGUGAGAAAAUCAGACAGGCCCAGGCCACAGCCCAUUGUGGAAAGCGUGGAGACUAUGGACAGCGCAGAAAGUUUGCACCUGAUGAUAAAGAAACACUCUCUGGCAUCAGGACGCCGGUUUCCUUUCAGUACAAAGGCCUCCAAAUCCCUGGAUGGGCACAGCCCAUCUCCCACUUCAGAGAGCAGUGAACCAGACUUGGACUCUCAUUGUCCAGGCUUGGGGAGGACUCCUCCAACCCAGCCUUCUGCAGAUCCCACUCAGUCCAGUCCUGACAGCUCCACUGCCCAGAAAGUGGCCACAAGCCCCAAGAGUGCUCUCAAGUCUCCAUCAUCCAAGCGCCGGACAUCCCAAAACUCAAAACUCAGAGUUACCUUUGAGGAGCCUGUCGUUCAAAUGGAGCAAACUAGCCUUGAACUAAAUGGAGAAAAAGACAAAGAUAGGGGCAGGGCCCCCCAGAGGACUAGUGAAUCAGGGGAACAAAUGAAAAGGCCUUUUGGAACAUUCCGAUCCAUCAUGGAAACUUUAAGUGGGAAUCAAAACAACAAUAAUAACUACCAGCCAGCCAACCAGCUGAAGACCUGCACACUGCCCUUAACAUCACUUGGAAGGAAGACAGCAGAUACCAAGGGAAAUCCUGUGAGCCCUGCUAGCAAGGGAAAGAACAAGGCAGCAUAAUGACAUCAAUAGAAACACGAAGAAAACCUACAGCAGAAAGCACAUUGCUGAGCCAGAGUCAAAGGAACUCUUCUUAUGAGUCACUCUUCUUAGUCUUACGCAUGCCCUCCGGCCACCAUUGGGAGUUAUUGAAGACUGUCCACUGUGGCAGUAAGACCACAAGAACAACACCUCACCAGCAGAGCAGAAUAUCUGGAUGCCUUAAAUUUAUAACCUGAGACUCGUUAGAAGAUACAGUUUGGACUCUAACUGUAUAUAGACUUUGUCCAUUUUUUAAGAUGCUGUUUGAAAACGUGAUUGGGCAACAUAUGCAUCGAAACACUUGAUGUUUGGUUGAUCCAGCCUUCUCAAAGCACAUCCACCAGGCUCUGACACUGUUGGUGUUUUGGCAGUUCCAUGAGGAUUUGCUAGUGUUGAUUGAUAUUUCGUUCCUCCAUUACAAGGGCAGCUUUGGCUCAGUGCCAUGAGGCUAGGUCACCAGUAUUAUUUUCUGUCAAGAGUGUUUUUCUGUCAUUUCUACUUUUUUAAUAAAGAACAUUAAACAUUGUUAAUAGCCAUGUCUGAGCACGGGGCAUCUACUUCCUAUUAAAUCUGUGACGGUCUGAUUUUU